AUGGCGGACGAGGGAAAUGCGCGCGGGUCUUUUGACUCGACGACGCCGACGAAGGACGCGAGCUCGUCAGCGAGCUCGGAAUCGCGGUCGACCGCGGAUGCCGUCGACAUCAUGCUUCGGUGCGCCGCCGACGACGCGCGCGCCGCGGGAGCGCGCGAGACGCGACGGGAGACCGACGGACGCGCGAUCUCGGACCCCGGAUUACCUCAUUUACCUUAUUUAACCGACACUCACGCGCGUGGGUCAUUGGUCGGGCCGGAUUCUGGAUUAUGCGCGCCGCGCGCUCACGAGAAUAUCCCGACCUCCCCACUCGGCUCGGUCUGGCUCGCCGCCGGCGACGUCUGCGCGGUCGCCGCCGCGGACGGAAACGUCGAGUUCCUGCGAUUCGCGCGCGCGAACGGAUGCCCGUGGGACGGCAACACGCUCGCGGCGGCGGCGCGCGCGGCGUCCAUCCCCGCGCUUCGAUUCGCGCUCGACGCGCGUUGCCCGCGCACGCGUCUGAACGCGCCGGCGGUGGACGUCUGCGCGGAAGCCGCGUCCGGCGGCGUCCGCGACGGCGCGUCGCUCCGCGCGCUGAGGUACCUCGUCGAGCACCGCCGCGAGCCCAUCGAGACCGAGGACGUCGUCGUGCGCGCGGCGGGCGGCGGCGACCUCGCGACGUUUCGGUACGCGCUCGACGCGACCCUUCGCCGACUCGUCACCGCCGCCGCGCUCGCCGCCGCCGGCGUCGCCGCGGCGGGAAGCGGGAAGACGGAGACCCUGCGCUUUCUCCGCGACGCGCUCGGGGUCGCGUUCGAAGCGGCAUCGUGCGAGGGCGCCGCGCGCGGCGGGCACCUGCACGCGCUGCGGUGGCUCAGAGAGGUCGCGCUCGCGCCGUGGGACGCGCGCGCGACGGACGCCGCGGCGGCGACGGGCGCGGUCGAGACGCUGCGAUACGCCGUCGCCGGCGGGUGCGACGUCUCCGAGGACGCGGCGAAGAGCGCGACACGCGGGGGUCACCUCGACGCGCUGAUGGUCUUGUUCUUCUUCCGCGAGAUCGACCCGCGAAGGUCCGAAACGUCAGGGUACGCGGACUACGCGCGCGUGUGGGAGUUCGACCGCGAAGCCGCGAGCCUGUGCGCCGCCGUCAACGGCCGCGCGGAGGUGUUCGAGUGGGGCACGCGGUCCGGGAACUUCGCGCCGCACCCGCUCGCGGGGGCCGCGGCGGCGCGGUUGGGGCAUCUCGACGUGCUUCGGUUCGUGAAAGAGGACGGCCGCGGGUGGGACGAGCUGCUGUGGGUGGCGGCGGGGGAGCGCGCGAAGGCUUUGGGCGACGUCGGCGUCCUCCUGUGGCUCUCGCGGGAGGGGUGCCCUCGCGGCGCUCAGUAG